GACGGCCGUCGGGCCGUGCCGCGUCGGGGAGCCGCGUCCAAGCGAGCGAGGCAACGUCGCGAGAGAAAGAGAGAGAGAGAGAGCGCCGCGCCUCCCGGAGACUCGCCCCGGAGAGUGUGUGCACGACGUAUCCGUCGCUCGCGCCGCCAAAAACGGGCAUCCGCGUCCAGUGACAGUGAUGUGUGUUGCUCCAGUGCUGUGCCCGGUCGUCGUCUUCGUGAGGAACGUUCGCGUCGGGAACUCGCUGCACCGCGCAUCCUGUGACUGUGACCGUGACUGCCGUGCCGUUACAACCGGAGCGCGGAGCCGCAGCUACCGUCGCCGCGAUGUGCCUCGCCGACGUCGCCUUCGCCCGCGAGAUGCUUUGUUUUAGGCCCGAAUGAUGACGCUAGGUGACCCCACGGGAAAGCAUGAGGGAAAGGACACCCUCCGCCGACGACACCCCGAAAAGGGCUCCACCGGCACCAACCAGAGAGGCGGCAUCGACGGACGUAGUUGGUAGCGGCGAAACACCGAACGACGACCCGGCUGAGGGUUACCGUACGGCGAAGUUGUCCUGCACGACAACGUCAUCCGACAUGGUGGCGUCGACUCAGAGCCUGGACGACCCGGGUGUCAACCACCCGGCUAACGCGACCAGCGGCGACCGCCAGCAGCAACAGCAACAAGAGCGAUACGGUCAUGCCUACAGAUCGGCCCAGACCGCACAGGAUAAGCGAUCUCGGCUCAGCAACGUGAUCAACAACUUACGCAAGAAGGUACCAGACGGAGCUGCCAGAAGCGCCGUGGCUUCCGAUUCACCGAGGGAGGAGGAGGAUGACCGGACCAGCAUCGAGAGGAACCUGGAGAGCCUGCAAAAAUAUGUGAUGACGAUGCUCAGCAACGUAAUCGAUGAUGAAGAAGACAAAGAAGACGUAGUGGGUGGCAAGAACGGGGACAAAACAAAGGAGCCUUCAGGCGAGGGUGACAUCGAAGCUGCUGUUGUGCCACAGUUAGAUGACGCCACAAUGACCAGCUCGAGCGCCACGGAAAAGAAUGUUGAAUUUUCGGAAACUAUGGAUCAUCCGGAAAUAAAGAAAACGACAGAAGAAAGCAUCGAGGACUCAGAGAUCGAGACAAAACAAGAGUCGAAGAAACAGCUCCGGACGACGAAGGAAGGAUGUAUAGAUAUCAAUAAGAAAGAAAAGUCAUUGGUUAGCUGUGACCAAGAUGAUCGGAACAUUUUAUGUGAAAAGACAGAACCUCGGACUCUGGACACAGUCGUGAUUGACAGACUGAGCGAACAUCAGGCGGACGAAAGGGCGAAUGUCGAUGAUGGCAGAGGAGGAGAGGAGCACGAGGACACAGUGUUGCACGGCAUCUGCAAGGAGAUGUUGCAGGACCUAGUGAGCAACAUCGACUUAGGGUUGAAGGAGACCACCAGCCAGGAGAUGUUUAAGACCAGCCUGCACUGCAGUCUACCCUUGGAAAAGGUAGUGUCAGUGCUUCAGAACUGUCAAGUAGGUGAGUCGCUCAUCUCGCGGGUUGCCUUGGCGUCUUCAAGCUCAUCGACCAGCAAUAUGGCGCAGAGUUCGAUUCAGAAGCUAUCGCCGUCAAAACUCUCAUCCUCUACCGUCCCAAUCAGGCUGCUCUGUCUGUACUGCGACAGGAAGUUCGUGUCUAUAUCCUUGCGACAGCGACAUACCGAGAGGGUACACCAACUCGGCGGCGGUAGGAGAUCCGAGAGAAAUCCACGGAAACCUUCUCAAAACUGCCAGUAUUGUUCGGAAAGAUGCGCCGACACGUUAGAAGGGCUGUUUCAACACAUGGUCAACAAUCACGGGGACAAGUAUCAUGCGUGCGUCCCAUGUUCGACGAGGUUCCCUACACGGGAGGUUCUGAUGGGACACACGAGCGAAGUGCAUGACAGCGGUCAGGCUCAGCCGGACAAAAUCAAGGAAGGCUCGCCCUGCAAGGAAUUCUGCGGCCCAAACCUCCGCGAGAAAGUGAAUGUGUCGUCGGUCCGAAAGAGAAGACCGGACGAGGGGGAAUCAGAGAGUCAAGGCGACGCUCGGACGAAACUCAUCGGGACGCGAGAGUCCGUCGACAACAACCCGGCCAGUCCAGAGUUUGACAGUUCCUUCUACACCAACGUGAGCUGCAACAUCCGCGAAAACCUACUGCAUCACCUGGACGGUAAGCUGCAGACGAUAAGCAGCUUGUCGUCGACGUCCGCAUCGGUCACUGUUGCGAACACGACGACGACGACAACAACGACGACGACAAUGACAACGACAGAACCAAAGUCACAGCAGCAACAAACGCAACAGUCCUAUUACGAGCACAAUCAGAUUCAAUUUCCCAUCGACAUCUCGUUGACCGCGGCGACACCGGUCUACAGCAAGGACUACACGGCCGAGGAGUACGAGAACUCGAGCGAGUACGCCCGUAAAGCCGGUAAGACCAGUAGCGGUUCGCGGCCGCGCAGAGUUUCCUUCGAGAAGUACAAUUUCCCGCGGAAGUACGACGGCAGGGGUCAAGAUUGGACGUCCUCCAUCAAGGAUCUCAGCAACUUCGACAUUUCCACGCAGCUGUUGCUCAGCAAGAAGCAACAGCUGAUCAAGGAGCGCCUCACCAUCAGUAGGGUAGGUCAGACCUCCGUGCCGCCGGCCAACGAGAACACCGAGGUGCGUGAGCCGGAACAGUCGGCGACGACGGUUAAACAGGAGAGCACCGACGACGCGACUUCCGCUCCCGACGCGAUCCGCUGCGACCUCGGCGAGCCGCCUCCGUGCGAAAUCAAGCAGGAAACGACGGCGGUGACGUCGAGCGCGGAGUCCGCCGCGUCGUCAAGCUCGAGCAAAUUUACAACGGAUUUCAACUCCGAAUUCGCGGACUUUAUGCAAGUGGCUAGGCGGGAACAGGGCACCAAUGAGACGACCGACAUCCAAGAGGAGGUCGUGCGUGCAGAGUUGAGCGGCGAAUGGGCGAGACCGCGGAUCUACAUCUGCGGCGCUUGCGGCUCCAGACAUAUGACGCUGAAGGAAAUGGAGGAUCACAAGGUCGCCACACACCAACACGUGCUGUGUUCGCACUUCGAGCUGGUCGGUGACCAACGCGAGCACUACCAACAUCUAUACCUGCCGGGACGCGACGCACCCAACGAGGAGGCGCGAUGCUCCACCUCGCCGACGGAGACGGCGUGCACCAAGUGCGCCAAGAUCUGCCACGACACCGCCGAGCUGCACCGGCACAUGCUCGAGUGCGGCGGCGAUCACGCCUGGCUGCUCGGUCUCACCGGCAGCGCUCGGAAGAAGUGCAAGUGGCGGCCGUUCGGCAGCCGCAGCCGCAGACGACGUCAGCGCGGCAUGAAGAGGAGCAUCCAGAACUCGCAGAAUUCGUCGCGAGUCAGCACGCCCAAGGAGAAGCAGCAGCCGGCCGGGCCCCGGGUCCGACCGAGUGACCGCGAGAGCAUUCAAAAGAUGCUGGCCAAUUUACCGCCUAAAAGGGCUACCAGGAAAAUCCUGCAAGACAACGCGCUACGUACCCAAGGCAGACUUCGUAACGUGCAGACCAGAACGAGGCCUCGCAUGAUCGGCGACAACUGGUCCGCUUCUCGCAUCUCGCGCAAUAAAGCGGCCCUGAGAAACAAGCUGCUGAAGAACGCCAAGUCGAUCCAGCGGAAUCGCUGUCGAAGCGACAACAUAUCCGCGGUGAUCGAGAGUGUCGUGAGGAACUACCAAGAGAACGACAAGAAGAAACCGGACGAUGACGGCGAGAGCGGCGAAACCGAGGGGAACAGAAGCAAGGACGCCAAAGAGAUCAACGAGAGCCCGUCGAAGGCUUCUUCCGACCUGGCCGAUUGGACGAUUCGGUCGAAGGUCGUAGGCCGACUCAAGGUCCUCGGCAAGAGGAGGAACGUGAAGACGAGCCCGCGACUUCAAAACAGAAGCGCCGACAAGCUGGCGCAUUUCAAGGCCAAGAACAAGCCCGUGAAGUUCAAGAACGUCGCCACGUCGCAGACGAAGGACGACGUGAGCGGCGAGGAAGCAUCCUCUCCAAAGAGUACACCAAAGAACACAAAGACGACGACGACGGCGCCGAAAGCGACCGACAAAGAUGACAACGUCACGACUGACGACAAGAAAACUUGGACUACUUCUAACAAGAACAACAAGCUGUCGGCUGCACCGAAGAAGAAACGCCCGGUGGACCCCGUGGCGUCGCUGAACGCCUCCAUCAAGGCGAAGUCGCAGCUGCGCACGCAGGACGGUAAGUUCGCGCGCAACCCGAACUCGCCGGCGAAAUCACCGGACCAGCGCUCGGCCAGCAAGGACUUGAAUACUUUAGAACUCGCUACCAGCGACAGCGGCCUGAGACGUACUCCCCGCCAAUUGGACCCGAAGGCGCGCGAGAGGAGCGCGAAUGACCUCAAAUUUGAACAGGAAUGGCAUAGGUUGUGCGCCAGAAUGGAAAAGAAGGAAAAGAGACUCAAGGCAAUUAGGAAGUCGAAAGCGAAAUACGAGGAGAAGCAGAGCAAAAGCACCGACUGGACGGAGACCAAGCCGAAGCUGCGAGCUGUACAGAAAUCGACGAAGAGAGCCGACCCACUCCAGCCACCGCGAAGAGUCACCCGGCUGUCCUCGGACAGCGACAAGAUGCCGACCUUGGAGCCGGCCGUGCAGAUCUCCUCGAACGAGGAGUACCCUGAGAAAUCGGCGAACGAUCUGCCGAUUCUGUCGCCGGUCGCGGCGUCCCUGCAAGAGCAGAAGUCCACCUCGAAGGAGAAGGAGAGCGAUAUGGAGACUGAUACCGAGACGGGAAAGCCCGCGAAGGAGCACAAGCCGAGGGGGAGGAGGCCGAAAGAAGAGACGAAGGACACCGCGAAACGGAAGGAAGUCGACGCGACUGAGGGAAACGAGUCUCCCAGGCAUAAUACGAAAUCACCGAAGGAAAGGAGAGGGAGAAGGAGGAAGAGAAGCUCGUCCAUCGAAAACACUAUUACCGGCGACGACAAGAAGGAGGAGAACGAAACGACGAUCGGCAAGAGAGACUUCAAGUGGAAAAAGAAGGAGACUCGAAGCAACUCGAAGACCAAGCUGGAGAAAGACACCGUGAAGAAUAUCCCCUUCGAGGUGAAGAAGAAGCUGCUGCGCUCGGUCAGCAAGGACUUGAAUACUUUAGAACUCGCUACCAGCGACAGCGGCCUGAGACGCACUCCCCGCCAAUUGGACCCGGAGGCGCGCGAGAGGACCGCGAGGCACGUCAAACUCGCAGAGGAAUUUGAUAGGUAUGAAAGAAUAGAAAUGAAGAAAAAGAGACUCAAGGUAAUUAGGAUGUUGACUACCAGGUACGCCAAUAAGAAGGCUAAUGAUAAGACGAGUCUGGAGAAGAAUGUGGUUAAUAGCGCGGUGACGAGCAAACGAACUCAUCAGGGCAGGAAAAGGGACGGUCGAAUAGGCGCGAAGACGAAGCGGAUUGCGAUCGACGACGUCGAAGGUAAGAUUGACAGCAAGCAAGCGUCGUCCAUCUGUCCUCAGUUUAACGCCCGAUUGAGCGGUGCCGAACCAGCUGCGGAAGUCGAAAGUGAUGGAAAAAGAAACGAAUCGUCGGAGAAACGUCGAAACAAAUCGUUUGAAAAAACCGCCUGUGCGAUGGAGGGAGAACAGAAUCCUGGUGAAACUGUUGCGCCGGCCGGAAAGGAAACCAAAAAAGGAGUCGAGAAAACUAUCGAGAAGAUUGACAAGGGCAACAAAGUCGAUAAAAGUGUCAACAAGAACGAUAAAACUGACAAAAGCGAUAAGAUCAUCAAGAACGACAAGGUCGAUAAAAACGACAAAGGCGAUAAGGACGACAGGAUUGACAAGGUUAGCAAAGACAAUGACAAAGUCAGUAAAGUAGGCAACAAAGAUGAUAAGAUCAGCAAAGAAGACAAGGUCGACAAAAACGACAAGGUUAUUAAAGAUAAAAAGGUCAGCAAAGAAAACAAGGUCGACAAGAACAACGCGGUAGAUAUGAAGAAGGUCGACAAGAACGACUUGAACGACAAAGUCGACAUGAAUGAUGACAAGAACAACAAAGUCGACUUGAAGGACAAAAUCGAGAAGAACGUCCAAGUCGACAAAAUUGACAAGAACAAGGAUAACAACUGCGAUGUCUAUCAGGAUCCAGCGAUGAACUUAAGCCUGAGCCAUUUGCUUGAGACGAGCAAUUCCGUCGACAGCGGCAAGGAAAAUUCCUUGGAAACCUCUGUGAACGUUCACAAGCUGAAAGCGACAAGACCCAGAAAGGGAACGCGUCGGGAGCGAGCGUCGAGGAAGAGAUCGCUGAGCAACGUCAUCGGCAUCCUAACGGAGGGUAUGAACAUCCCGGUGGAGACACAACAAAGCGUGGUGCUAACGGUGCAAACCAGCCUGGACAAUGAUCCGGAUCGGUUGGUGCGUAACGGUGUCGCGCAACAACCGACCGGCGAGAGCAACGUAGUCGCGGUGGACUCGUUCAGCGAGCUGGUCCUUGCCGACGGGACGUCGGAGAACGAGGCCGUGACGGCGAACGUGACCGCCGAUCAUCAACGCGCGGACGAGAGGAACGACCAUCCUGACCCCGGCAAGGCGCAAGACGACCAAAACGCCUUCCCCAGUCAGAAAGCCGAUGUAUCGCCGAGGGUGUCUAAGCCGCGUUCACCGGCCAACGACAUUAUUCUCGACCUCUCCAGAAGAAAACACAAGAGUAAGGGUGGUUCCUUCCUGGAGAAGAUCGUAUCGAAGAUAGCUAAGCAGAAAGACGCCCUACUGGUGGAGGGUGAAGUUGGCACUCUGCUAGACAGCGCGGCCGACGAGUUGACCAGCAUCCUCGACGAGGUCGUGCCGCCGAUCAUACCCGAGAACGGAGCGAGCACGCCUAGUCAAGCGAAAAACGCAAUUGACACAACAUCUACCGAUGUUGAAUGCGCGACCGAUUUGCUGAAGAUUUCAGACAAACCCGAGGAAAGGUCGACGGAGGAGACUCAUCACCAGAGUGAGAGUCCAGUUAAGAUAAACAGUGCUGCGGAUAAUGAAAUGAAUGAGGAACUAAGCGACGCGAUAAAUGAGAAUUCGCUGAUCGAGCAAAAACCUUGCGAGAACAGUCCAACGUUGAAUGAGGAGACGAGCAGUGAGAUUCCACCGGCAGACGCCUCGACGGUAAUUUCCAUUUCGCUAGAUGCCACGCAGAAAACAAGUCCAGAGAAAGUCGAGGAGCGGGAGAACGACAGAUGGUCCGGAAGAAAAUCCAGCAAGAGAUCGUCGGAGGGUGCGAGAUUGCAGAAGAAAGGCGAGCCGACGAAAGCCGUUGAGGAGGAACGUACUGAGGAAAAUGCGAAGGACAUCGUCGCUCGCAGACCGGAGGAAGCGCCCAGCUUUGAGAACGAACUCCUUCCGGAGAAAGAGGACGCGAAAGAAGUCGCGUCGACUUCGAAAGAAGUCGUGGAGAUUUCGUGCGCGCACUCCGAGAGCGAGAAUAAGAGCGUCAACGAUGACCCGGAGCCGCCGAAUUCGGAGAAGAACCUCGCGGACGAUUACAACGAGUCGAUUUUGGUGAAAUCCACUGAUCUUCCGGAAGUCGCUUGCGAAGACACGAGGAAAUUAACGACGAACCCUGAAGAGGAGACCUCCGUGGACAAGAUCGCGUCCGAUAACACCAACGCUCCGUCGGGAGACUCGAUCGAUUCCCUGGAGAAGAGUGUCAAAAGCGGCAUAUCCGCUCAAAAGAAGAAGAGUCAAAUUAACGCGAGCGAGCCUUCCUCUAAAGGAACGUUCAAGAGAAAAUCGCAAGUCGCCUUGCUUCCUUCAAUAGAUAUCCCGCAGGCUUCCGUGAACGACGAGGCAGAAGAAGUAUCGACUUCCAAGUCAUCCACCAUGAAAGAAUCUCUGGAAUCGCUUGACGAGCAGUCGACAAAAGCCGGUAGUACCAUCGGCGAGGACCCAGCUGCAAAGGAAUCCUCGUCUCCAGUGGAAACGAUAUCUAAAAACCCCGCACGAGAAGCACAACCAAACGUCGACUCGAGCAACCCCGUUAACCCGUCAUCUCCCAAAACGGUGAAGAAGAAACGUGGCAGAAAGAAGAAGUCAUUAACCAACGAGCGUGUGAAUCUACCGGACGACGAAGUCGCUUCGAACGGACAGCCAAGCGUCGCGGAUCCCAACGAAUUGCUCGUCAGCUUGGAGUCCUUCAAGGUGCCGAAACGCGGCGUAAAGAGGAAGUCGGAGGAUGACCGCUGGAACGGCGACGGCAUUCCCGAAGAGGCUCCCGACGUGGAGACGGACGAAACGGAAAAAAGCGUCGUCGAGAGGAAAUCUAGCGCGACGAACUUGGGGAGAUCGAGUUCCCCCGACUCGCUCAACGGCGACAGACCUUCGGUUCGCUUCAGUCUGAGGCUCAGGAUGAACAAGAAGAUCCUCUACUAUGAGGAAUACAUGGGGGAAAUGUUCUACUCCACAUACCCCCCGUGGAGGAACGAGACGGACGACAAUCGCGAAACGAGACGAGAGAACGAAGAAGCGGAAGUGGAGGCCAGCAAGAACGAAAAGGAGUCGCACGCUGACCCAUCCUCCGAAGAGGCGCGACCGGAGUCCCGCAAAAAACAGCAGUCGUCGAACGAGGAUCUCGUCGACCAGGCUGAGAGCACGGACGACUUGUCCGAGAGCGACUCCCGCAAGAAGCAGAAGAAGAAGAAGAGAAAGAAAGAGGAGGAGGACGAGUCAGCCGAUGAGAACGCGCCGAUCGACUCUUCCGUCGCAAAUUCGGGCGGCGAUAAGCGGAAAUCGAAGUCGCUGCUCGACGAGCACCUGGAUCUCUCCGACACGGAUGACAUGGACUUUCCUGCGGUCGCCCAAGCUCCGUCGGAGAGCACAAAAGUCUCGGAAGAGAGCAGCAACGUCGAAGAAGAAUCGACCGUGAAGUCCUCGAGUCUGCCGAGCGAAAGCGCGACAAACGCGGUGACGAGCGCAGUGAACGACGACGACUCGUCCGCUAUCUUGAAGCCAGCGUCGGACAAUUACGACUCGCUGGAGGACCCGGUGACGCCGAAGAAACGCGCCGCCGGUAACUUCGUGGUGGUGCACACGAAGACCGGCGAGAUUCUCAUCGUGGAGAAGCGGAAGAAGCUGACGAAAGAGGCGGCGAGGUUCUUCUGCGACGUCUGCGCCACCAGCUUCACCCGCAAGAGCUCCCUGAAGAAGCACACGCAGUCGCAAUCACACCUGUCGCAGGUGUUCAAGUCCACGAAGGUCGAGCCGGCCAUCGACUCAGUGCUCGAGGAGACCAACAACGAGUGGGGAAACGAUCAAACGUGCGAUCAACGGACGAAGAGUGUCCUGGAGGACGCGCAGGAACUCGCCGAAAACCGCUCCCCCAGACCCUCAGGUCGCUUCAGUCUGAGGCUCAAAAUGAGCAAGAAGAUCCCCGACUCCGUCCCGUAUACAUACAUCUCCAAGUGGAGGGACGAGACAGGCGACAAUCGUGAACCGAGCGAGGACUAUCCUGCUUACGCGGAUUCGACGAGUCCCUUCAUGGAUCUUCGUACAACGAGGCAGCAGUCGCUGGAGGAUGAACUGUUGGACGAAGAAAUCUGCAAGAUCACCGAGAACAUGAGUCACGACGAGUACGUGUUGACCGACCAGCUGACACCGCAGCCGCCGGAGGCGUCGUCGACACCGAUGAAAAAAUCGGCUCCACGAAAGAGCGAAGAGCAGACACGGCACGGCGACAAGAAGCGGAACAAGUCGAAGAAGAAGAAUCUGGCGGACGAACACUUGAUCUUGGACAGUCCCGAGUUAGACAAGUCCGAGGAGACAGUCCCGAUUAAUGAGGCUGCACGAGUCCCUUUGUCGCCGUCCUGCGAACUCAGCACGACGAAGGAGGUCGAGGCAGAGAAGACCGUACCUGAAGAAACCCCUGUGGAGUCGAGCGACAAGAACUCCGUCGAGAAGGCGGAACAUUCGACCUGCGACGUCGACACGACGAAAGAUGAGGAGCACACAGAGCUCACGACAAAAAGCACGCUGAGGCGGCAUUCCAAAGUGUACAGCGAAGGGAAAGAGGAGAACCAAACAGUGUCCUCGCUCGACAGACCCGAAAAAAGCGUCGUCAAGAGUAAAUCCAGCGCGACGAAUUUGGGGAGAUCAAGUUCCCCCGACUCGCUUAACGGCGACAGACCCUCGGUUCGCUUCAGUAUGAGGCUCAAGAUGUUGAACAAGAGGAUCAUCUACUACGACAAAUACGGAAUGGAAAUAUGUAAAGAAAUAUGGAGGAACCAUGACGAGACGGACGACAAUGGCGGCGAAACGGAAGCGAGACGAGAGAAGGAAGAAGCGGAAGAGGAGGCCAGCAAGAACGUAUUGGGAGAGGAGUCGCGCGACGAGGAGCACGCUGACCCAUCCUCCGAAGACGCGCGACCGAAACCGGUGAAAACCGGCAGAAAACGUGGUAGACCGAGACUGAAGGAUCGAGUUGUGAUUCCAAGGGCUGCUACGGAACCUGGGAUCAACGAGACGAACGGCGUCGUCGUCGAGGAGAGGGGGGAAUUCGAAGAAUCAAAAGCCAAGGAUCAAAAGUUAAGUUCACAUACCAAAGAGCAUCAGGAGACCUGCAAGCCGCAGCGUCUCGAUACAAAUGCGCAGCCAGUCAAAUCGAAGAGAGGCAGGCCCAGGAAGAACUUUGCACAGAUCAAUCCUCCGUGUCCUCCGUCCGCGAGCAUGGAAGCUGACGUCUCUUUGCCGGCGAAAUCGGAUCGCGACGAAGCGAGAGAGAUGACGAAAGAAGUCACCUCUCACUCUGAAAUCACCGAGGAGACUCCGCCGAGUCUCGUCGAUUCUUCUACUGCAAACGCUGAGACUUCUGUUGAAGAUCAUAGAGAAUCGAAUUUAUCAGGAACUAAGGAAGAGGACGAGCUGAACAUUCUCAAAGACCAAUCGGCGCAGGAAACGGACGCUAAGACGGCUGAAGAUGAAGAAUGUCAAGCGACCGGCGUCCCGUCGGAGGAGAGCGACGUCGUCGAUAGAUCGUCUAGCGACGUAGAAUGCGUUUCGGAAGGUAAACCAAGUCACGAGGAAACGAGCGAAAAUAUCUCCAUUAACGCGACCGAUGAGACUCCAGCUGAGCUUUCGUCUGAGAUUACCGAGAAAGCUCAGAGCGACGCGUCGCAACUUCCGGUUGCGAUCGACGUUUUGAAAUCGGCGGAAUCCGAAAGUGCCGAGAUUCAAGCGGAUCUGUCGAAAUCGUCGGAAGAGAAGCUGUCGGAGGAGGAAUUUCCCGAGAAAGAAAUUCGCGAACAAGCCCAGAAAGAAGAAGAAGAAAAAGAACUGAAGCUCCCGUCGGAAAAUAGCGGAGACGAAGCGGCGACGUGCCCCGACGACAAGUCGCUUCCCGUCGUGGACGAACCGCCACCUCGAGAGACGGUAGACGACGAUGAUGAGAAGAUACGACCACCGGUGGAGGACGUGCCUAACAAGAAGAUAUCCAAACUCUCGACGAACAAAGAGCGAGAAUCAGAUCGUAAGAGAUCCAAAUCGUCCAAAGGCAAGAGCAAAAGAGCUACGGUAAAGGUCGCCGAGCUAUCGAGCGAGAGCGAGAACGAGGACAAGAUCGAGUCAGCCUCCUCGAACAAGAGCAAGAUUGUGAAGAGCGUGUUCGGCCGGGUGUUCGGCGGCGAGAAGGCUGACAAGGUAAAGGAGGUGCUGAACGACUGGGUGUCGAGGUCGGAGGACGAUUCGGACGUGUCGAGGAGCACUUCGGAAGCGAGAUCCUGCCUACGCGGCUCAGCGAAGAACGAGCACAGGAGGGAGAAGAAGCGUCACGCAGGCUCCGACGCCGAGCGCUCGACGAAGAAGAAAAGAAACGACAGUGCUGAUGCUCACGGGAAGUCGAAAAACCGGAGGAAACGAGAUCCCGACGCGCCACCUAAGGACCGUCUCGAAUCACUGUCACCCGUCAACCCGAUCAAGCGAAAACGCCGAGAGAGCAAGAUCAGAGCGGAUAUGAGGAUCGAGAGGAUCCUGAGAGCCUUCAUCAUCGAGGAGUCGCCGGUCCUUUCGGACGUGAGCGAUGACGCAAACGCGACUAAAGAGACACAACACGAGUCAACGGAUCAGUUCGAAGACAGUCGCUCGAGCGACAAGGAGGCCCAUGACCGAACGAAGGAGAGGAGUCUUUCGAGCACCGAUGACUGGGAGAAUCUCCAAUCUUCCGGCCACGAGUCUCACGGGAGUUCGAACUGUCGCAAACGGCGGGACAGCAACGCAAGAAACGAGCGUUUCGAGUCGCAGUUCAACGUGUUCAAGUACCAACGCAGGGAGAGCAAGGUGGACGAGGCAGCCUGGGGGACACUCGAUAAUAACGGUGCUUCCUCGUGCCUGUUCGACGAACGGAUCGUCCGCGAGAUGCACGAGUCCGGAGAUGUGGGUCAUCCGAGUAGCCAGAAGAGCGUCACGCGAAAGGAGGACACUGGUGAGGCUUGGAAGAACGCCAGCGUGGAAGAUCAGGCCAGAGCGAAUGGCGGGCGUGGAAAGUCGAGGAAGGACUCCAGCGGUCGCAAAGAUACCGGCAAGAUCAGCAAGACGAAAACAGAGGAGAAAGCCACAAGAAGCUUCGACAACGAUUCGUUGGUCGCUCUGAGAGAUCAGGAAACGAAGGACGACACACGGGACGAUUACACGGCGCGGUCUACCGGCGAGUCAAGGAACCGGUUGAAAAAUCUAGCCGUCGUGAAGAACACAGGCCACGAGUUCCUCUCUUAUCGCGACCUGGCGUCUCCGAAAUACACCAGUCAGGAUCGUUCGGGAUUGGAUCAGCAGCCGAAAGCGAAGAGCAAGAAAAGUCACGCCAACGAAGACUGGAGACCUACGGCGAGGAACCCUGUAGCGCUCGACCAGGAGGCUCUCAUAGAGAACGAGCGGCCGAGCGGCAAAGAUAUCGCGCAGAAGAAGGACGCGGUGUCGUCGCGCAGCGGCAGCAGCUUGGCUGGCGAAGGGCCGACGAUGAGAGACCAAACGGCCGACGGACAUUCUCACAUGGCCCAAGAAUCCGACGAGAAGGACGACGACGACGACGACGACGACGACGAUCCUGGGAAACGGAGAAUGUCGCCGUUCUAUGCCCGCGACAGUCCUGACAGCUUGAUGGAAAGCAGCUCCAACAACGAGGAAGAGGAAGACGAGAAGGAUGAAGAGCGUACCGCGCACGAGGACAGUUGCAGGAAGACGAACCCCAGCGAGUUCUCCGGGGAGAAGAUCGUCAUCAGGUCGCCGUCGUCCGGUCACAGGUCGGCGGACGUGAUAACGAUCGCGCCCACGGACGCGAUCGAGGACAAUGCCUUGGACGUGCCGAGAGAGAUCGAGUCGACGGCGGAACCGCGGCAAGGCAAGAUCUUGAACUUCGACGAGGAGCUCUUCGUGGAGUGUUGCUCACGACUGAAGGCCACUAGCGAGAACGAGCUGAGAGGGGCGAAGAAGAUCAAGCUCGAUCACACGGAAUCCUAUCACAGGCGAGACGACCAGCAGCCAGGAUUCAGGGUCAGCAGAGAUCGUUGGAGGGACGUGGAGAGCCAGAACAGCCUCGGCAGUCUGCUGGAGUCGGUGAAUCAACUGCUCGGCGAAGAGAUGUACAGCGGCCACGAGAGGAGCUACCGGACGCGCGGCAGCGAGCGGUCAAGCAGGUCAGCCAGUCCAGACGCGUCGCGAGCCGACAACCUGGGCUACGAGGAUAGCUUGGACGUUGCCUUCGAGCACAACAACAAGCUGCGGGACAAGAUACAGCAACGGAUGAGGGAGAGCGAGAACCUAAUAGCCAGCACGUUCGGCCAGAGGACCAACGACGACGAGCAGGAUCGCGAUGACAAGCGGGAUAACUCGAAUGUUCACGAGCACCUACCCGGCUCAGGCGCGUCGAACAGAGACCAAGAAUCGUCGCCAGGUCACAAGAACAAGGUGAACUCCACUCUGGGUGGUUUGCUGGACAAGGCGCUGUCCAACUUGCUGCACAACAACGGCAAGCAUGAUCAUAACGGCUCCGCUCCGAUGAAACUGCUGGCGGAGCUGGCGUGCGCCCGUGCCCCGACGUCCACGUUGCCGGAGAACGACGACGCCAAGACGAGCGGCAAGAAUCACCAAUCGGCGAAGAUGAUCGCAGCGGCCAAGGAUUCAGAUUCGCCGAAGAAAUCGACGAGGGACCCAGCGGUCGUACCGAAGAAGGCGCGGAACCCCAUCAAGGAGCUGUUCGAGCGCAAGAAGGAGAUCAACGACAGGAAGCAGCAGGAACGCUCGGCGGCACUCGUGGAGCUGAACAGUGGCGCGCAGCGGCAGCGUAAGCCGAAGAAGAGCAAGCAGCAGGAAUUCCCGCUGAUCCGCAGAGACGAGCACUAUGGCGGCCUGGCCGAGAAGAAGAAACGGCGCGAGUCCUUGGAGCGGAAAGCGGAGCCGCUAGUGGAGCGGGUGAAGGACGUGUACGAGUUCGACGAGGAGGAGAGUCAGAUGGCGCCCACGUUAGGCAGCGUGAUGUCCUACAGGAGCCAAGUGGAAAAGAACUACGAGAACAACAGCUGGCCGAGGCUGAAGAGCGUUACCGGGGACCUGGACGCGGUUUUGGAGAACGGCAAGGCUGCGGUCGCCGGCUACGUCGUGGACGCGAAACCGAACGCGGGCUCAGCCGAGCGCAAGUUUCGCGAGCUGGAGAAGUUCGCGCCGAAGACGAAGGGCGCCCUGAAGUCCUUCCAGAGCGAGGAGCAACAGCGCGUGUCGAUCAGCGGGCCGGUGGACCAGUUCGUCGAACGGAAGCAACAUCUGAAGCGCGCCGUCGUGCCGCACAAUAGUGCCAACAAACAGUCGAAACUGAAGAAGCGGGGCAAGAGUUCGAAGAAACGAACGAAGAACGCGUGGUACGAGAACGAUAGCUCGGACGAGUUCCGGACGGCCGCGAAGGCGGAGGACAUCGGCGUCGGUAUCUCGAAAAGUCAGCGCGCCUGCUCGAAGGGCAAGCAGAACCUCUUCGCCGAGUUGUCGACGUCGUCCGAAAGCGAGUACGAGUCCGUCGGCCACGAGCCGCCGCGCGCGAAGCCGAAGAAGAGGGAGUCGGUCGACGCCGAUCAGGCCGAUUGGAGAGAACGAGUGGUCGUCGAAGAAGAGGAGGAGGAGGACACCGCGAAGAAGAACCAGUCGGAGUCGGAGAUGUCGGAUCACUCCUUGGUGAUAGACGAGCGGAAGACGACGGACGAGGCGAGGAACAGCGACGAGGACGGUGACAAUCAGUAUGAGAGGACGUUCGAGUUGGACGACCUGUACAGGGAGGACAGCACGGACGCGGAGUCGGAGGCCGAGGAGCCGAAGAACACGGUGGACGGGAACGACUUUGUGUCGGAGCUGAUCCCCUUGGAGGAAGCGUUGGACCUCUUGGACCGCCACGAAAACCUCGACCCGAAAGCGGAGGUCGUACAGACUGAAAGCGCCCAGCUGAACGGCAUCAUAGGGACCGUGAUGGUGGAGGAGGAGGAAGCUUCCAACGACGAGGUCGUUCGCGAGGAGAGCAAGCGCCUCAGUCCAACAGAUGCGUCGGACGAGAAGGAGGAUGACGACGCGCCGGUGCUGCCCGAGAAACUCUCCAGCAACGAGAAGCCGCAGAAGGAGUCCGACAACUUGCCGCUCCACGUGUUCCUCAGCAGGAAGGUGCAGGAGUCGAAGAAGCGGAAGCAGCAGCAGCUGGACAAGCUGCGGGAGGAGCAGGAGAGGAUAUUGCUGGACCUGCAGCCGACCAGGAGGCAGCGGAAGUGCGCGAUAGGCAAGCAGGGUCUGCUGGCGGAAAUCAGCAGCUCGGACGAGGAAUCGUAUGCGAGGGACAGCAAGAAGAGCAGCGACAGGUCGGAACACGAGAGCAAGCUGCGAAAAAAGCGGGAGUCGAAGGAGAAACGGAAGGAGCGGUACAUCGAGAAGAAGCACGAGCAGAUGAUCGCGAAGGAGCAGAAGGCGAUCGAGGAGGAGAUCCUGCGGGAGGUCGGCAAGAGAAAAGAGAUCGUCCUCACGCAGAACAGCACGGACGACGUCGCGACGGAAGCCGAGCAGAAGAGGAAGGCGAAAGACCGGCAAAAGAGAAUCGACGAGCGAGACGCCGAGGGAGACGCGGAGGAGGAGCACGCUAGUCAGUCUCCUCUCGACAACUCGGAGCGCGCUUUCUCGACCGUGGAGAGCGUCUCGGAGAACGAGAGCGGCGGCUGCCUGGUAUCGCCGCCGAAGCGGAAGAAGCACUCGCCGGCGAGGUCGAAGAAGGCCUCGAGAGCCGAGAACAACGCGGCCAGUCCGGCGAGCAAGCAGAAGAGCGCGGAGAAGUCGAAGAACCGCGGCGCGACCUCCGGGGCGAAGGACUCGAAGGAGCGCAAGUCGUCCAACGGGAAGCGCGACUCCGACGACGAGGAGUUGAAGACCACCAAGUCGUGGAACAAGGUAGAGGAGGGCGUCGGGGUGGCGAUCGGCCGGCGGAAACGCACCGCCGCCCUUCAGCUGUAUUAUUGGUCCAGCUCGAGCGACGAGGAGGAGCCCGAGCCCACGGCCGCGCCCGACGAGGAGGAAGAGGACGACCGGCAAGAGCAGCACGGCUGGAUAGUGGGCGACUCGCACAAACGCAUGAUCACGAUGCUGGCGAUGGAGAAGCAGCUAAAGGAGAAGCGACGCAGGAGCGAGGACGAACUCGAGUCCGGCAAGGCCAAGAGCAAGAAGCACAGGAACAGCACCUCUUGAUACGUGUUUCACGACUGAGAGCGGCGAGUCGAGUGAACUCUCGAGAUGACCGAGUCAUGUUUCUCUAGGUUUAGUCCGAAGGUGAGAGCGCAAUCAGAAGAUUAACACGAAGAGGAGAGUGGGUGGUUUGGUCCCUGCAUUUGUCUCUUCGAGCGAGCGUUGCGUCUCUUAGCUUUCAUCUCCGAUUCUGUUUAGAUAGGCACAGUGAGAGAGAGGAAGCGCGAUAUCUACGGCCGGGAGUUACUUGUUGUGUUCUGUUUAGUUUUCUCCCUUUCUUCCUUCCUGUAUCUUCUCAUCUCUUUCUCUCUCUCUCGUUCUUUUUUCUUUCCCUCUCUGAGGCACGCGUUAUCGCGAACAAUAUGGGAAUGAUUUAGGAGGCAACUCUUUUUCCUGUGAAAAUGCAAGAGGGAAAGAUGUAAGAUGUGUACAUAUAGACUGCUUGGCGCGUUAGGUUAAAGUUAGCGAUUAGAAAAAUAUUCUGUCGCACCAUAAGAAUAUAUAUAUAUAUAUAUAUAUAUAUGACUUCGAGAACUUACAAAAAUACCGCAAGUAACGCGAUUUAGACUGAAUGUGUGAGAAAUAGCGGAGAACAAAGUGGGCACCCUUAGACAAUACUAGGACAUUUGUAACGUUUAGUUGUACGUAGGAGAAGUCCCUCGCGAUAGAGAGACGAGUCGGGAGAGGAGGAGGGAGAAAAGGGGGCGGGGAUGAAAACCAGAGAUUCAGCCAGCCAGCCGCUUAUACUUAGGAAAGGACAACGUAAAACCGGGUCCAAUCGAGUUUAGCGCUUCUACCAGCUUUUCGUAAUUUGUGAAACGUAUUCCUCCGUAUUCUUGCAUAUUCUUACAUAUUCAUACGUAUUCUUACAUAUCGCAGGGUGGCGCGAAACAUUUCGGUGACGAUAUCGCUCGCGGUAUCCUUAAAAUGUUUGCUCGUGCGAAUGAAACAGGCGAACUUCUUUUUGACUUUCGCACGUUGUUUUUACGAAUUUUCUAGAUCUCAGACUCGCGCGUUCGGCCGACACGGGGCCACGUUUAGUCGACGAAAAAUAUAUAAAAGAAAUGAAAAGAAUAAGAGAUACGCAUGAGCGCGCGCGCGUGCGACACACGGACGUUAUUCUUUUUCUUUUCGUACUCGCCUCGUGCACAUAGACGUAAGUAUGUAGAUUUUCAUAUAUUACAAGAAGAAAUGUUAUACAUGUUACACGCAAGCGACAGAAAUGAUUAAAAAAAAAACAAACGAUCAUAGACUUUAAUGUAAAUGUACUGCCAUAAUCAUAUAUAUUAUACGAAAGCCUAUGCGAGAUAGCGAUUAAUAUUAUUCCUGUAAAGAUUUAAAAUAAAAAAAAUCUCUAGCACAAAACUAGGUAACGACCCAAUGUAAAUAGAGCAUAUUUUCAAUGUGUCUGGAAAAGUAUGUUUUGUAAUAUAAGGAUUGCAAAGGAAAAUAAAAUUAUUCAACAAUA